AUGACGGCACUGGUUGACACUUUGGAGCUUUGCGUGGAACAAGGAUCGGAAGAGCACAAGCCAGAUAUUGCCGGGCAGCCACACUUUGACAAGCCUGGCAGCACGUGUAUGAGGUCGGCCAUCGAAUGGAGACCGAGACAUUUGAAAGCCCGCCAGUUAACCAAAACUGGCACAAUAUCCAUGUCUCGAUUACUGACCGACGUGGACAUCGGCCAGAACCUGUAUUACGACGGCUAG